CUCAGCGAGGCAGUCAUGUCUACCAACCUGCACUCCGUACAUGUGGUUAAAGAAGAGGCGCUGGCAUCGGAGCAUAUAAAGGAGGAGGCUUCAUGUGAGGCCGCCGCGCUUGCCAAACUGUACUCGGAACAUGAGGUUAAGGAAGAGUUUGUGCUGGGACCGGAGACCAUGCAGCGGCCUAAAACAGUCUACACAUAUUGCGUGCCCGUCGAGGUGGACUUGAAAAAGGACCUCGCGGGGGCGGGGGGGACAGCAGACGAGUCUGAGAGCGAGACAGCACCAUGCGGGAGUGAGACCGAGCGAGAACAACAAGUUAAUAACACCCUGACGUCGAUAGAUACCCUCGAGGUGGAGCCUGAGACGGAGGAGCCUGCAGGCGAGAGUGGGAGCGAGACAAAAGAGUCGAGUGGCAAACUAGUACUCAAGGCUUACAUCUGCGAUACGUGCCAAAAAAUGUUUUCAAAUGCAUACCAUUUGAACAGACAUUCUAGAGUCCACACAGGAGAAAAACCAUACACCUGCACCAUCUGCCAUAAUAAGUUCGCGAAUUCACGGAAUUUAAAUCAUCAUCUACGAAUACAUACCGGAGAAAGACCGUACGAGUGCACGGUAUGUGAAAAAAAGUUUACUAAUUCGAGUUCUUUGCAUGUACAUGAACGUAUUCACACGGGAGAGAGGCCACACUCGUGCGGAACUUGUGGGAAGCAGUUUGCACAAAGAAGCACGUUGGUACUUCACGAACGAACGCACACUGGGGAAAAGCCUUACCAGUGCAAGAUAUGUCCGAAGAGCUUUAUAAAGUUGGCCAAUUUGAAGUUACAUGAGCGAUCACACAGAGGGGAGAAACCAUACGCGUGUAAACAAUGUGACAAAAGAUUCACACAAUCGAUGAAUUUGAAGCUACAUGAACGAAUCCACAGGCAAGAUACACCUGAAACGAUUUUGCAGCAGCAGAUCUGUACGUGUUCUAACAUAUCCUGUGAUCGUCACGAAUAAAUGUCAUGAAUCUUAAAAGCGUUUAGCAUGAAUCGGUAAAGUCCGCCAAAGACGGAGCCAGUUCACCUAGUCCAGCAUUGAA